AUGCAAGAAUAUAAUUUGGGAAACCAUACAGUUCAAAAUCCCUUGGAGCCAUCUACUAUCUCUUUACCUUCCUUACAAGAUAAUCAUACCCCUAUAGAAAACAUACCAAUACUUCCUUUACUUGAAAAGGAUUCAAAUCCAUCAAGUGACUUUUUAAAUACAUUGAAUGAAAUCAUAAAGUAUCAUCAACAUCAACAUCAUGGCUUUUUUAUACCCACUAUAGACGUAAUUACAGUCCAAAGCUAUCUUAAACCAAUUCAGUUAUGGUGUCCAAUCUUAAACGAAUCAGUCAUGUCCUCCUUUUUAACUCAGUUCAAACUUGAAUCCCAUUUGUCAUUACUAUAUCAAUACUUCUUAUUUGGUAAUGGUACAUUUGUGAAUGGGCUCAAGACGACUCUAUUUAGUAAACAAGAAGGAAAAAUUGGAUUAGACUUUAUGGGUGAUUGUUGGCCACCCAGAGCAUCUGAUCUUCAUUUAGCUUUAAGAGAUUUAUUAUUAGAGAAUGAAAUAGAAGAAGAAAAUUUAAUUACAUUUCAUCUAAGUAAGACGACGAAAGAAAGCCCUUGGGUGAAUCCACGAGCUGUAGAAGCACUUGAUUUCUUACAAUUAAAUUAUAAUGCUAGUUAUCCUUUAAAUAUAGUUAUCACGCCUCAUGUACUAGAUAAAUACAAUCGUAUAUUUAGAUUUUUAUUAAGAUUAUUAAGAGUUACGACAGUUCUAAAACGUAGCUUUGAACGAUUAAAGAAUCUAAUUUGGUUUCGAUCUGAAACACGAGAUAGAAUAUACCGAUAUCGAUUUCAAAUGGAUCAAUUCAUGACUGCCUUUCAAGGCUAUAUUCAAACUACAGCUAUUGAUAAUACAUGGAAAUUAUUUUUACGACAUAUUCAAGAAAAUGAUAGGAAUGAUUAUUUAUCUGUCAUUAUGGAGCCUCAUUCAUUUCGAGACUAUCAUGAACAUAUCCUAGAUCGUAUCCUUUAUCAAUGUUUUUUAAAACAAAGUCAGAUACGAAUCUUACACGAAUUAUUACCUGUAUUCAACUCCAUUAUUUCCUUUAGUCUUGUUCUUGAUGAUUAUAGCCCAACUACAAUUGAACAAGAAAAUAAGCUGAACACGACUUGUCGACAUGCAUUUGAACGAUAUCAACAUUAUUCACGUGUCUUUAUAAAUGCUUUAAUUCAAGUCGAUUCAAAAGGAUCAGGAAGUUUAAGAAACAUUUUAAAUAGUACACGUAUAAGUAUUUUUAAUGAUUUAUAUGCUAAACAUGAAGCAAAAUAUGGAUUAGAUAGCUUUGUUAAAGAUUUAUUAACUCGACUUGAUGGAAAAUAA